AAGCAGAAUACAGUCUGGAAACAAUUCUGUCCUGUGGCUGGAAGGACGAGAAGGACUGGUGGUGAAGGGAAGAAACACAAAUAAAAUGCAAAUCUAAAGCAGGGCUCAACGCUUGGCAACCCAGGCCGGGUGCAACUUUCUGAUGCGGUUGAGAUGCGGAGCCUGCAAUGUCAAAACUUUGAAGAUUAAUGGAUUACUUUGUUAAUGACUCAAGGCGUCAGAUUGGAGGUGCUUAAAUGAUUUGUGAGAAGCGCUAAAUAAGAGGGAACUUUUUCUCCAAGGGGGCUGCGAGUUGAAGGCCAUGAAUUUCGAAUUUGAGCGAGAGAUUGGCUUUAUCAAUAGUCAGCCAUCGCUCGCUGAGUGCCUGACAUCUUUUCCCCCUGUCGGUGAUACAUUUCAAAGUUCAUCAAUCAAGAACUCGACGCUUUCACACUCGACACUGAUUCCUCCUCCUUUUGAGCAGACCAUCCCCAGCCUGAAACCGGGCAGCCACCCUCGCCACAGCAGCGGCAGCCGCCCCAAGCACAGCCCCAAUGGCAACAGCGGCAGCCCAGUGCCAGCCGGCGCCCUCCAGCCUCCGGAGUACCCCUGGAUGAAAGAGAAAAAGGCGUCCAAGAAAACCGCCCUGCCGCCGCCUGCUUCGGCCUCCGCCCUUGGACCAGCUUGCCUGAGCCACAAAGAAUCUCUGGAGAUCUCCGAAAAUGGUAAUGGGGGCUCCAGGAGACUAAGAACUGCGUAUACCAACACUCAGCUUUUGGAGCUGGAGAAGGAAUUUCAUUUCAACAAGUACCUCUGCAGACCAAGGAGGGUGGAGAUCGCAGCUCUCCUAGAUCUGACGGAGAGGCAAGUCAAAGUCUGGUUUCAAAACAGGCGGAUGAAGCACAAGAGGCAGACCCAAUGCAAGGAGAACCAGAACAGCGAAGGGAAAUGCAAAGGCUUGGAGGACCCCGAAAAAGCCGAAGAAGAGGAGGAAGAGGAGGAAGAGGAGGAGGAGGAAGAAAAAUCUCUUUUUGAGCAAGCCCUCAACGAUGUCGAUGUCUCCGGCGCUCUUUUGGACAGGGAAAGCUACCCUUUUCAACAGAAUGCCCUGCCUCAGCCGCCUCCAAGCCUCCACAAUGGAGAGUCCCAAACUUUUCCAGUUUCGCCUUUAACCAGCCAUGAGAAAAAUCUCAAACAUUUUCAGCACCAGUCACCCACUGUUCCCAACUGCCUCUCAACAAUGGGCCAGAACUGUGCAGCUGCCCUGAACAAUGGCAGUCCGGAGGCCCUGGAAGUCCCUUCUUUGCAGGACUUCAGCGUUUUCUCUGCAGAUUCCUGCCUACAGCUUUCUGACGCUGCUGUCUCCCCCAGUUUGCCAGGAUCUCUCGACAGUCCUGUAGAUAUUUCAGCCGACAGCUUUGACUUUUUUUCAGAUACGCUCACCACAAUUGACUUGCAGCACCUGAAUUACUGAGAAAGCACAGGUCUUCCUCAUGCGCCAUGGGUUAUACCUUCUUUUUUUUUCUUCUUUUUUUCCUCUCUCUCCUUAAUUUUUAUUUCCCUUCCCUCUUUGAUCUGAUUUCUUUCUCUUUGUCUGUUAGCAUUUUCGGUUAUCCUAUCUGGGGGAAUUACAGUACUUUGCCGUUUCCCUAUGGCAUUUAGCCACAUUCUAGGUCCUUCUAUGAAAGCAAUAUAUAUGGCCUGUAAGAAAGUGAUCAUAUCAAAUUUGUAUCUUCACUUUCUUUUUAUUUUUGUAUUACAUUAGGGUGCAUUGUCAUAAGUAUUUUUGGUAGAAUAAAUUCUUGUUUACUACAA